AUGGCCGUUACGGUUACCCAAACGUCGAAGGCUCAAGCUUGGGUGGAUGGUGCUACAAUGAUGCAGGGGACUAUGUUUUUACCAGUCUUAAUCUCGAUGUCUGCAUUGCCAAUUCGAAUGGUAACCUUGUGGUAUAGUGAACUCACAUCCUCACAGAUUGUUAAGCAGCUUAUGGCUAAUCUUAUGCGCUUUUUUAGUGGAGAUCAAAUGGCGGAUUUGGAGGCUCUUGCAAAGACUGUUCUAUCGAGGAAGCAGAUAUGUACUGCUAUUGCACUAAUGAUUCUGGAUACAGUAGCAACUCUAACGACAUUAAUCUUGAUACCUAUGUGCAAAACUACAAUGGCGUUUUAGCAUGUAAUCUUGGUUGAAUUUGAGCAAGUAUUACAAAUGAGGCGAGGAUUGGACAAGGAAACAUCACACAUCAGAUGAUUCACGAGUCGAGCGUUGGCUAGACUUGUUGUUGGCAACUAAAAUUCUAUCCCUUUAUUAGUACG